CCUUGGUUACGGUUGGCAGAGGGAGGAGCUCGCGGGACCGGGUGGCUGUCACGCGGGGUGCUCGCCUGGCAAUCUGUUGCAAAACAGCUCCGCUGAGGACGAGCGUGAAGCGAGUUUCUCUCCUCCCCUUCCGUCCGGUGCAAGAAAACAGGUGGCUAACAUAGAGCAGGAAUGAAUCAGUGCCAGGAAACCGGUCAAACCGAGGACCAGGAGGAGGUGACAGAACUGGUGUGUCAGGAGGCUGAUCUCAAAGAUGGGCAAAUGAAAGAAGUAACUGUGGGGGAACAGAAAGUGCUGUUAGUUCGCACCCAGGGUCAAUACAGCGCUGUUGGAUCCAAGUGCUCUCAUUACAGUGCACCUCUGAUUAAAGGGGUAGUGGUUGGUACCAGAGUGAGAUGCCCUUUUCACGGUGCUUGCUUCAAUGUCAGAACUGGAGAUAUUGAGGAUUAUCCAGGACUGGACAGUCUACCCUGUUAUAAGACCAAGGUUGAAGAUGGCAACGUGUAUGUUUCCAUCAGCAAAAAAUUUCUGAAGGAGACCAAACGGGUGAAAGAGAUGUGCAGUGUGGCACCAGACAUCAAACAUACCAUUCUGCUAAUAGGGGGGGGACCUGCCUCUCUGGUCUGCGCUGAGAUACUUCGGCAAAACUGCUACCAGGGUCGCAUCGUCAUCAUAACCAAGGACUCCCUGCCUCCAUUUGACAAACCCAAGCUGAGUAAGGCUUUGAAUGUGGACAGCAUCAGCAUCCUUCUCCGUUCAGAUGACUUCUAUCAACAAUACGGGAUAGAGGUUUGGACGCAGAAGGAGGUGGUGUCGGUAAACCCUGCCAACAAGGAAGUGAAGAUGAGUGACGGCACUCUGCAGCGUUACGACCAGCUCCUCAUUUCAACAGGUUGCAGAGCACGGCCACUCACCUGUCCUGGUUCAGACCUGAAAGGAGUAAAGUUACUGGAGACUUACAAAGAUGCCAAAGAACUUCACGGCUCCUGUCUCGGCCAGAAAGUAGUUGUUACCGGAGCAUCCUUCAUAGGUAUGGAGGUGGCAUCCUACUUUUCAGACAAAGCUGCCAGUGUGGCUGUAGUUGGCACUACUCGAUACCCGUAUGAGCGCGCUCUGGGACCAGAGAUCGGCCAGCUGAGUAUGCAAAUGUUGGAAGAAAAAAAUGUGAAGUUCCACAUGAGCGAUCAAGUCGCGGAGAUCAGAGGAGAGAAUGGGAAGGUGAAGGAGGUGGUGUUGAAAAGUGGUGCAGUCCUGGAAGCUGAUGUUGUGAUUGCUGGAAUUGGUGUAAUCCCCAAUUCAGACUUAUUGGCAGGAAGCGGGGUGGAAGUGGAUUCAAGGAAAGCUGUGAUUGUUGACAAGUUCAUGAGGACCAACAUACCAGAUGUUUUUGCUGCUGGAGAUGUUACCUCCUUCCCUCUGACCAUUCGAGGCGAUCAGAUGGUCAACAUUGCUCACUGGCAAAUGUCACAGGCUCACGGAAAAGUGGCAGCACUAAACAUGCUGAAGAAAUCGACAAAAAUAGAGUCUGUUCCUUUCUUCUGGACUGUUUUGCUUGGGAAGAGUUUCCGAUACACUGGCUAUGGGGAAGGCUACACAGAAAUUAUAUUCAAAGGCAAAGUAGAAGAGAGGAAAUUUCUGGCUUUCUAUAUAAAGGAUGAUGUGGUGGUAGCUGCAGCCAGCCUGAUGUUCGAUCCUGCUGUUUCUCAUAUUGCAGAACUGAUGGCUAAUGGCCAAAUCUUAACAAAAGCACAGGCUCAAGCUGAAGACCUGAGCUGGCUCCAGAUGUAACCAGGAUUAACACCUCUCAGCGAGUGUCACCUCUUGCCUUGUUUUUCUCUCCUUUGUGACAUGAUGCCAGUUUGCUCCACUUCCUGCCUCAGGCUGCCUGGAAACCAAUCAGCCUCUCUUAUCUCUCUUUAUUCGAAAGCACUGUUACUAUAGUAGCAAUUCAAUAAAGCUUUAUUGAAUUAGCUUUUUCUGAACACUGAUCUCUCUGUAAUGAGCAUAUCUGAGUUUUUUUUUUUUUUUUAUUAAAUGUUUUCCUGCUGCUGUACUAAAAGUGUGAUGCCCUAAGUGGGUAUAGUAUGGAGUUAAGGUUAGCUAUGGAACAUUAAACAUACACUCAGUGGACACUUUAUUAUUAGGUACACCUUGCUUGUACCUGAUUGACCUCCUUUUGCCUUCAGAAAUGCCCUAAUUCUUCAUGGCACAGAUUUAACAAAUGGCUGGAAACAUUCCUCAGAGAUUUUGACCCAUAUUAACAUGAAAGCAUCACACAGUUGCUGCAGAUUUGUCAGCUGCAGAUCCAUGAUCUAAAUCUCCUGGUCCACCACAUCCCAAAGGUGCUCAAUCAAAUUGAGAUCUGGUGACUGUGGAAGUACUGAAACUGAAUAUUUGAUUUAGUGAGCAGUUGAACAGGUGUGCCUAACAAUGUGACCACUGAUUGCUUAAAUGCUUUUAUGAGCUGGAAAUGUUAAGACUCCAUAAACUCUGUAAUGCAAGAAGUUAAAAAAAACAUGUUUUUUUUACACUUCUGCUUCAUGCACAAUGUAAUGCCUUAA